AUGACCACUAGAGGAGAACUACCAGUCGGCCACAGUCGAUUGACAACCGAGCAAGAUCGCAAUUCCAUCACAGAAGAUGUGCGGAAGAUGUACAUCUCCAGCGAGGGUUCGAAUCUUGAAGCCCAAGUCACUCGCGAUGGCCGAGUCAGUAUUAAUUUCAGUGGGAGGACGAAGCACCUUCAAAGGAGAGCGCCAUGGGCUCUCCCGCAGAGAGGUGAGGAUUUGAGCUCCGAUCGGAAUUAUGAGACAAGCUUUCAGGGCUUGCUGGGGAACUAUUCUGGAGUUCCGCGUCUCAACAUUGCGAUCCAUAUCGUUGGAUCCCGAGGAGAUGUCCAGCCAUUCAUACCCAUUGGACAAAUUCUCAGUAAGCCUCCAUAUGGACAUCGAGUGAGGAUCUGCACGCAUCCUGUUUUCAAGGACUUUGUAGAGGGAAAUGACUUGGAGUUCUUCUCAAUUGGAGGUGAUCCGAACUCCCUCAUGGCCUAUAUGGUAAAAAAUCCCGGACUACUCCCGGGAAAAGAAAGUUGGAAGGCAGGUGACGUGGGCAAACGUCGAGCUGAGUUCGCUCUUAUUCUAGAAAAGUGCUGGAGAAGUUGUAUCGAAACAGGCAAUGGAAUGGAUGACGAGAGGACAGGUGCUGCUACGAACAGCGGUCCGCAAGUGGAAGAAGAGGCCCGUUCCUUCGUUGCUGAUGCUAUCAUCGCAAAUCCGCCUAGCUAUGGGCAUAUCCAUUGCGCAGAGAAGCUAGGAAUUCCGCUGCAUAUGAUGUUCACAAUGCCAUGGUCACCAACGCAGUUCUUUCCUCAUCCACUUGCGUCGCUCCAAGGAACUAAUGCCGAUCCCAAAUUUGCGAACUAUAUGUCGUAUACUAUAAUGGAACUGCUGGCGUGGCAGGGACUUGGUGAUGUUAUCAACCGAUUCCGGAUGAAGACACUGCAUUUAGACGCCAUAAGUCCUCUAUGGGGCCACAUGCUGCUUUCGAGGAUGAAAGUCCCCUUCACCUAUACCUGGUCAUCGUCCCUAAUACCCAAACCGCCGGACUGGGGAUCUUAUAUCGGCAUCUGCGGAUUUUCAUUCCUGAAGACAAAAUCAAAUUACCAACCGCCAGAAGACCUGGUUAAGUUCCUAGAGGCUGGACCACCUCCCGUAUAUAUCGGAUUCGGAUCAAUCGUUGUCGAGAAGCCGGACGAGCUUACGGGAUUGAUAUUCAGAGCAGUAAAACGAGCAGGUGUUCGUGCUCUAGUAUCAAAAGGCUGGGGUGGACUCGGACAGGGUGAAGCUCCUAAAGAUAUCUUCCUUCUAGGGAACUGUCCACACGACUGGCUCUUCCAGUACGUCUCCUGCGUCGUACAUCAUGGCGGCGCCGGCACUAGCGCCAUCGGAAUUGCGAUGGGUAAGCCCACUAUUGUAGUUCCAUUCUUUGGAGAUCAGCCGUUCUGGGGAACCAUGAUAUUUCGAGCCGGCGCAGGCCCAGAACCUGUGCCGUAUAAGAAUCUGUCGGAGGAGAAUCUUGCCGACAGCAUUACGAAGGCACUCCAACCUGGUAUUCGAUCCUCUGUCCACGAAAUGAGCGAAAAGAUAUCUGGCGAAAAUGGGUCUGCAGCUGCAGCGGCAUCUUUCCAUGGGUCUCUUGACUAUGACAAUAUGCGCUGUCACCUUUGUCCAGACCUGGUCGCGGUAUGGCGUGUCCGAAAGACGAAUUUGAAACUCAGUUGUCUCGCCGCUGCAACCUUGGCUGAUAACGGGAUGUUGACGUUGCGUGACUUAAAAUUAAUUCGGCAUCGAAACUGGUACAUUGAUGAAGGAGCCGUCGGCCCAAUUCCAGGAAUCUUGGCCGCCGUCUCCGACACAGCAAUGAAGACUUGGGACAGUACGCACACCUACUUCCAUGACCUCUCCAACAUCCUACGAAAAAGGUCUGCUCUUAAACGUACCCGUUCUCCAUCCCCAGAACGACAGGUUACAGCAGAUAUGGGAAUCCUAAGUGGAACGCCUCCAGCGUUCCCGGUCCAAGCAGCGCUAUCGUUUCCACCAGAGUAUCUUGAACGCGUGUCUUACAAGAUGGCGUCUGGAACAUUACCUGAAACACAGAAUGGAUCAAAUCAUAAGAAGAUACAUGCUUGGAGUCCAUGCAUGCAGAUGACAACAGUAGCAUCAGAAGCCACACGUUCGAGCAAGAAAGGUUAUAAGGAGCAUGGCAGGGUGUAUGAGGCGACCUCUGAGACUAGUCAUUUUGCAUACUCUAUCCUCCGUAUCAGCCUACACGCCCCCGUUGUGCUCUUAUAUAACCUGGCGAACGGGUUUCAUAACGUGCCAAAUUUCGUUCUCAAUGACCAUACUGUAAGGAGAAGGGACAACAUCACCGGUUUUGGAAGCGGAGUCAAAGUUGCUGCAAAGGGGUUUGUGUUCAACUUGUACGAUGGUUUCACGGGCAUCGUAACACAUCCAUACCGGGAUGCCAAAAAGGACGCUGUUGUAGGCUUUGGCAAAGGGGUUGGCAGAGGUGUCGGCGGUCUCGUCUUCAAAACCAUGGCCGCUGUUUUUGGACUCCCGGCAUACACUCUCAAAGGCGCCGAGAAGCAAAUCGAGAAACACUCUGAUAAAGAUCUGAAGGCGGAGAUCCUGAGAGAAAGGUUGAAGCAGGGACUGGCGGCAUUUCAACGAGCGACCGAGGAGGAGAAGCGGGAGGUUUUGAAACGGUGGGAGGAGUUAAAUGUGGCGUAAUUGUGGAAUUGGAACUUUUGCUAAUAACCUUGGCAAUACAAC